AUGAACGAAGGCUUGCCAGAAAGACCAAGUUACAGAUCAGGUCGUAAACCAACUGCCGUCAAAGUUUAUACAAUUAACAAAGAAUCCAAAUACUUGAUUAUAGAAAAUAUACCAGAAAUAAAUGUGAUAAAAGAAUUGAUCAAGCUACUUGAGCUAUAUGGGACGAUUGAAUUACAUCAAAUUUUACAUGAUUAUCCAUGUGAAGAAUUUACAGAAGUAUUAUGGUUAAUUAUUUAUAAAUUUAGAGCUGCAAAAAGAAAGGUUAAUGAACAUAUUUUUUUCAAUAGUCCUUUGAAAGUGAGAUAUGCACCAGAGUAUGAAUCAGUAGAAGAUACACGUGAAAAACUGCAAGAAAGAUGUCAAGUUAUUGCUAUUAAAACUCAAAAAAAAAAUUUUCAAUAUAAACAAAUUGGAUAUCCAUCACAAACACAUUAUGAACAUUACGACCAAAAUUUAUUUUCAACAUAUCAUCAACCUCAACAAACUGAACAAACUUUAAUAUCAUCCAUGGUUAAAAAUUCAACAAGUAAGGCAAUAGAAUCAGCCUCAAUUUCAACAAUAUCCACAUCAACACCAUCAUCAACAACAUCCUUAACUGUUAAGGGUAAUGACAAUAGUGCUGGAAAACGUUAUUACUCACAAACACAAUCAAAUAAAGAAACUUCGAACCAAUCUCAAAAAAAUCGAAGAAGAAUUUGA